GUCCGAGACUGAGACUGAGAGAUCGACUUCGACUCCGCCUCCGCCUCGAUGGCCACCGCACAGGAAGGUCUGACCCAGCGCGUCGUUGCCAGUGCCAGCAGGGACGACGGCGCCGGCGAGAGCGCGGCGGCCGUCUCGGGUCCCAACAAGAAGCCGGGCGGCGGCCGCGCAAACAGCAGCAGGCGUGGGCUCCGUUCGCUCGCCGCCGCGGUGUCCUUCUCCGUGGCGCUCACGGCGCUGUCGUUCUUCGCCGCGGGGCAGUCGCCACCGUCGCCCAAGACCGCCACGGCGUCGACUGUGGCGGUGGUGCGGGCCGGGUCGGUGGCGUUGGAGGCGGUGCUGGCGCUGGCGGCGUGGAUGGCGUGGGCGGAGGGCGGGCUGCACGCGCGCCCGGCAGCCACGCUGCUCCCCUAUGCCGCGCACCUGGGCGCCGCCCUCGCAUGGGCGCCACUCGUGCUGUGCAGCCACGCCGCGGCGCGCGCGGGCCUCGCCUGCUGCGCCGUCAUGGCCGCGGGCGCCGUGGCGUGCGCGCGCGGGUUCGGCGCCGUCAACCCCGUGGCUGGCGACCUCGCGAAGCCCGCCGUCGCCUGGGCCGUCAUCCUCGCCGUCGUCAACUACAAGAUGCUCUGAGGUCACCAGAGUCGAGAACCAGCCCGCCGUCGCUAUUCACGCAUGUUCAUGUUCGAUCCAUCUUGUGCACCCUCCUCUGCUUCUUUCUCGCGUGUGCAGUGUUUCGUCUGUAUUACUGAAUCUGAAUGACGCUUUCUAGCUACUUUGCUCUACCGCAACACAUGCAUGUACCCUUUCUUGUUUUUAGCCUAUCCACACUCAUUCUACUCUAAAUUUCUACUCUAAAUUUCUACUUUAAAAGAAAUAUUCUAUCCUCAUCA